CCCACUUCCGGGUGUCCCAAGAUGGCGGCGUCCGCAACUGAACAUAAGGCUUGUAAAUCGGUUCUGCGGAUCUUGGCACUGCACGGCUACUGGCAGAAUGAGCGCACAUUCUGGGAGAGGACGGGAUCUCUGAGAAAGAACCUGAAAAACCGCGCUGAGCUUGUGGUGAUAAGCGCCCCUCUGCAGAUCCCAGAGACGGAUGUUGACUCCAAUGAAGGUGGUGCAGAUAUUCCACGAGAAGAUCCCAGAGGCUGGUGGUUCUCAGACCCUGAGAAGAACAGUUUUAAUGCCAUGGAAGAAGCCAGAUCCUGCGUAGGUUUAGAGGAAUCUCUGCAAGCUGUGGCCAAGGCCUUUUCUGAACUUGGGCCCUUCAACGGAAUAUUGGGUUUCAGCCAAGGAGCCGCCCUCGUGGCCAUGAUAUGUGCACUCAAACAGCGCGGAGAUCCUCGCUUCCAGUUUGACUUCGCCAUCCUGGUUGCUGGCUUCAAGAGUCGUUCCACUGAACAUGCAGAAUUUUACCAGCAGCCCAUCACGAUCCCAUCUCUUCAUGUUUACGGCGACACCGACCGUGUAAUCCCAGGAGAAAUGAGCCAAGAACUAGCUUCCUAUUUUGUCAAUCCGGUCCUACUAACACAUACGGGGGGACAUUACAUACCUGUGUGUGCAGCACAGAAAAAGGUUUAUUUCCCAUUCUUGGACUCUUUCCGUACAUAAGUGGUGGGAAAAUG